AUGAACGAAGAGUACAAAGCUCUCACCCAGACGCUUCAUGCGUUCUAUACCUUUGAUCGAUGGCUGUAUGAACAGAUAUACAAACCGAAAUCGAUAAAAUACAAAACGCUCAGCGCAGAAGAGCAGCGUCUCCUUGAUUUCUACCCCCAGUUUCUUUCCAACCUCGAACAGUGCAUGGGCAUCAAUGAUAGUUUCACAAAAAACUUGGCUCUUGUUGCUGCUCAAGACUGGGGUGUCCCGACGUCGCCGGAUGAAUGGGCACCAUCCUCUCACCAUGAGCUCGACAAGGUGAGGCUGACGCUUCUACAGCUUGCGAGGGAAUGGAGCAGUGAUGGGGUCCAGGAGCGCCAGAAUACGUAUGGACGAAUAAUCGAGGCGAUUGAGAGCAGGAUUCUGAAAAAAAGCCGAAUUCUCGUUCCAGGAUGCGGUCUUGGAAGGCUUGUUUAUGAAUUCGUUCGCCGGGGCUACUGGACCCAAGGCAACGAGGUCAGUUACCAUAUGCUUCUAACGCUGGGAUUUGUGCUUAAUCGCAUGCCAAUGGCACACUCUCAUAGUAUAUUUCCUUACAUGUUUAAGCUGUCGCAUGUUGCUAGACGGCUUUUCCAAGUGAGGGCGGUAACAAUUCCAGACGAAAGUCCUCAUAAGAUUUUUGAAGGUGAUGAAAAUCAGGAGGCAGGUGAUUUAAUGUCCAUGGUGGCCGGAUCUUUUGUAGAUCUCUACGGACCUCGAGAUCUAGCUCUUAGCGAAGCGUACACCGAUGAUGCAAAUGCUGCUGAGUUCAGAGGAGAGAAUGCCGAAGCCUUUGACGCCGUCACGACAUGCUUCUUUCUAGACACCGCACACAACGUUAUAGACUAUAUAAAGACAAUCCAUCAUUGCCUUCGUGAUGGCGGCUUGUGGGUCAAUUUCGGACCUUUGCUAUGGCACUACGAGGGAGACCUGACUGCUUUAGAGGUCACGCGUUCUACUGGGGAGAACGAAAAGGAGACUAUGAAUACAAUCAUGCAAGGAAUGGAGUUGUCAAGAGAUGAGCUUUUCUCUUUGAUUGAAAAAAUGGGGUUUACGUUCGAGGAAUCGGAGUCGGGAAACCUGACUACCUACUGUGGAGACCCUAAAGCUUUAGGCAACUUCGUAUAUGACGCCGAGUUCUGGGUCGCUAGGAAAAUUCCAGAAAAAAAUUACGAUCAGAAAGAUGAGAGGUAG